CAGAGGGUUGUUUUGCUGGGUUACCGAGUCCCGGUUUCCGGUACUUCUGUCGGUUACCGAGCGGCGCCCUACGGGCUGGACGGAGAGAGAGAGAGAAACGGUCAAGAAUCGGUCCAAGAAAGGUCCCAAAAAAGCGAGCUCCGGCAGCGGCAGCAAGUUACCUCCUGUUUGCUAUGAAAUAAUUACAUUAAAAAACCGAAAGAAGAAGAAGAUGGCUGCUGAGAUUUUUCCGAGCAAGAAGCCAGCCAACAGCAACUCCAACUCUGCGCAGCAGUACCACCAGCAGAAUCUGACCAACAAUAACACUAUCCCGUCCCCAAACUGGCAAGGACUCUAUGGCACCAUCCGGGAGAGGAAUUCCGUGAUGUUCAAUAACGAACUGAUGGCUGAUGUGCAUUUUGUGGUGGGACCCCCAAGUGGGACUCAGCGAUUGCCGGGACAUAAGUAUGUCCUGGCUGUCGGGAGCUCGGUGUUCCACGCAAUGUUUUACGGCGAGCUUGCGGAGGACAACGAUGAAAUUCGUAUACCAGAUGUUGAACCUGCUGCUUUCCUUGCGAUGCUGAAGUAUUUGUAUUGUGAUGAAAUUGACUUGGCUGCUGAUACCGUUCUGGCAACUCUCUAUGCUGCUAAAAAAUAUAUCGUUCCCCAUCUUGCCAGAGCUUGUGUCAACUUCCUAGAGACCAGCUUAAGUGCAAAGAAUGCCUGCGUUCUCCUCUCUCAAAGCUGCCUGUUUGAGGAACCUGAUCUGACCCAGAGGUGUUGGGAAGUGAUUGAUGCUCAAGCAGAGCUUGCUUUGAAAAGCGAAGGUUUUUGCGACAUUGACUUUCAAACGCUUGAAAGCAUCCUCAAAAGAGAGACCUUAAACGCCAAAGAAAUAGUUGUCUUUGAGGCGGCUCUCUGCUGGGCCGAAGUGGAAUGUCAACGUCAAGAGUUAACUCCCACCAUAGAGAACAAGAGGAAAGUUUUGGGCAAAGCGCUUUACUUGAUUCGCAUCCCAACGAUGGCCCUUGAUGACUUUGCUAAUGGCGCGGCGCAGUCCGGAGUGUUGACUCUGAAUGAGACGAACGACAUCUUCCUUUGGUAUACCGCAGCAAAGAAACCAGAUUUAGAGUUUGUGAGCAAACCCAGAAAGGGUCUAGUCCCUCAGCGAUGCCACCGAUUUCAGUCCUGUGCCUACCGUAGUAACCAGUGGCGCUACAGAGGCCGUUGCGACAGCAUUCAGUUCUCUGUGGACAAAAGGGUAUUUGUUGCAGGUUUCGGCCUCUACGGCUCCAGCUGUGGGUCAGCUGAAUACAGCGCCAAAAUUGAACUGAAACGCCAAGGGGUGAUUUUAGGACAGAAUCUAAGCAAAUAUUUUUCUGAUGGAUCCAGCAACACGUUUCCGGUCUGGUUUGAGUACCCCGUGCAAAUCGAGCCAGAUACGUUCUACACGGCCAGUGUGGUCUUGGACGGCAACGAGCUGAGCUACUUCGGACAGGAAGGAAUGACUGAGGUGCAGUGCGGAAAAGUAACGGUGCAGUUUCAGUGCUCCUCAGAUAGCACGAACGGCACCGGGGUGCAAGGAGGACAGAUACCCGAACUUAUUUUCUAUGCUUAAUUAAAAAAAAUAUAUUGUAGAGUCUAACGGACCCAUUGUGCAAUGCUGAGGAUGAGACUAGACCGAAUGUGAUGUAUCUGUAUAAAGCCUCCUCUAUCUAAUACUGUACAUGUAAAGCACUUUCUAUAAUAGUUUCUAAACGUAAAUCAUUAACCUGAAGAUUGCAGGAGAGAAGAUAUUUUGAUAAAAGCUUCCGAUCUUUAAUUUUAUUUUUUUCCCUCUGACUACUCGGGGUUUAUAUUGAAGCUUCUUUCUAAAGCCCAUUAAACAGAUAAUACCUACUUAAUAGACUAUAGGAAAAUCUACUAAACUGACAGACUGUGCAACGCUCCCACAGCUCCUCAUGAAAACUGAUCCCACGAGAAAUGUUUUUUUUCUUUUUUCAUCCCUUGCAGUCGUAAAUGCCCCUCCCCCACCCUGUCAGCACCGUUCCUGUGUACUCUUAUAGCAUCGCUCUUCAUAUAUUAUUCCAUUCCGUAUUUUUAUAUACUGACCAGGCAAAGCUGUAUUUUACAGAGAAUACGUGGCUUGACUCUACAUCAUUUAAAAGGAGCCUCCAGUCCAAACCUAAAAUUUGACUAGACGCGUCACACAUGUAGUCAGCAAACCUCCCCUGUUGGAUUCUAAUCAGAAUGGCCUCUCUCGUCUCAGACUUCCCCCAUGCAGAGUGCUGUAGGAAAGUUUAAAGGGACACUUACGUCAGAAAGGGCUAGUUAAAAAACAAAACUCGGUAUUCAUGGAAAACGUUUUAGAUUUUUGAGUCAUUUUUUUUUGUUUGUUUCAGCAGUAUUGGAAAUUAAACACAAACUAUUGUCUUUCAGCACAGAGAGAUAGGGACCCCUCAUUCAGUUUACUGCUGCUGUGAGGGAAGAUGUUAUCUGCAAGAAUAAUAGUAGAUGUAGAAUUGGGAUAGUACUAUGAUAGCUCUGUUCUUCUCCUGGUAGGCCUAGAUAAAGAUACAGAACAUUGUACUGACACAUCAGUGUGUGAUGCUCUAAUUGACUCACUCAUCCCGAUUCUGUCUUUGGCCGCAGUGGUGGAUGGUCUGACUAGAAAAGUCAAGCCAGACUGUGUGCCAUGUUAAAAGUUCAAACAAAGGAGGAAGUUAAAGAGUCAGGACAGGAAGUAAAAUACAUGAAUUAUAUAGAUAUAUAUUCACAUUUAGGCCUCUUUCACAC